GGCGGGAGCUAAAUUUUCAAAAUCGCGAUUGCUGAGUUGGAAGAAGGAACAAAACAAGAGCGCCGCAGGAUCGGAUCUGUACUCAGGAAAAGUGCCAAAAUGCUUCGUCUCACCCUCACCCUGUCCAUCCUCGCGUUCGUGGUGGCGACGGCGAUUCCGAAGCCGGACGAGAAAGAGGGCAAGGACAGAGUCAUCGAUAAUAAUCUGAGCCACAAGGAACACUUCCCGAACGAGGAAGACCACGACGUGGUAUACGACCAUGAGGCCUUCCUCGGCCCUGACGAGGCCAAGACCUUUGACCAACUGUCCCCUGAGGAGAGCAAACGGCGUCUAGGGUUGAUCUACGACAAAAUCGACAAGGACGGCGACGGCUUCGUCAGUUCCGAGGAGCUGCGAUCCUGGAUUACCUACACGCAGAAGAGGUACGUCAUCGACGACGUGGAGAGACAAUGGCGGGCCCACAACCCGGAGAACAAGGACACCAUCACCUGGCAGGAGUACCGAAAGCUCGUCUACGGAUUCAUGGACGAUUCGGACCCAAGCGUGGAGAAGCAAGCGGAAAUGGAGCAGGACGACAGCGGCUUCUCGUACAAGGAGAUGCUGAAGAGGGACAGAAGGCGUUGGAGCGUGGCCGAUCAGGACCAGGACGAGGCCCUGACCAAGGACGAGUUCACAGGCUUCAUCCACCCAGAGGAAGCGGGACACAUGCGCGAACUCAUCGUCAUCGAGACAAUGGAGGACAUCGACAAGGAUAAGGACGGAAAGGUCUCCAUCGACGAAUAUAUCGGGGACAUGUACAGAAGCAGCCCUGGCGAGGAGGAGCCGGAGUGGGUGAAGAGCGAAAAGGACCAGUUCGUGCGAUUCCGCGACAAGGACGGCGACGGCUUCAUGGACAAGGAGGAGGUCAAGUCAUGGAUCAUCCCGCCCGAGUUCGACCACGCCGAGGCGGAGGCGCGCCACCUGGUGCACGAGGGCGACGCCGACAAGGACGGCAAGCUGACCAAGAACGAGGUGCUGGACAAGUACGACCUGUUCGUCGGCUCGCAGGCCACCGACUUCGGCGAGGCGCUCAACAGGCACGACGAGUUCUAGUCACGCUGCGCCGCCGCCGUGCCCUGAAAACCAAAGAUCUGACGCCGAUAUUUGCGCAGGACACUCAACGAGAUGGAGAAAGCCACGGUGCCAAACUUACUGUGAAAGAAAUAAAAUGGUCAAUUAUUCAACUCAGUCGCAGCUCGCAUUUCUUAGGUUUAAAAAUAAUAGCCACUCGCCUAGCGUAGACACGUAAAAAGCUGCUGUAUUAUUAACAAUAAUUUUCCAGAUUUUAUGUAUGAGCUUUAAUUAUUUAAAUGUUAAUUCAAUAAAUUUUGCAACAUUCAAAAUA